CCUGUAAAUAUUUUCCAUCGGCAAGUGUUUAUUUCCAAACAAUUCAAAUUGUACAUGCUACUAUAUGACAAACAAUUGCGUAUUACCAAAAUGGUUUGAUUGGAAUCUGAGAAUCUUAGAUAAUACUAUUGCAGUCUAAUAGAUAAUCGGUUACCCAAUUUCAUUGGUACGUAUGAUCUACAGAUUAUCGAUGUACAAUAUUUAAUAUUAUAUUAUGGUGUUCGUUGUAUUAUUAUUAUUUUAAUUUUAUGUUCACAUAGCAUAUUAAAAAACUUAGUUGAGUACUGUGUUGAACAAAAAGUUGUGUAAGCACGUUUGAAUUGGAAAUUUUUUAAUAUUUUUAUAAAUAUAUUUAAGCGGUAGUUGGCUUUUUACAAUGUGUAUGAAAUAUAAAAUAUCAAAUAAUAUACUUAAAUAUAGUAAAGUAGCUGAACCCAAUACAUCUUUAAGUUCUUCAAACUCUGAUUUCAUUUCUUUUAGUUUAUAAUUUGUACAUUUAUUUGAAUAUUGUAGUGUUUUGUAUUUUGGGUAAUAAAACUAUUUAUUGAUAUUAAUACUAGAAAUAUUUUGUUUUGUAUUCUGAUUCUGUUUUGAUCCUAAAUGUACAACAAACUAUUUUUCUUAAGGUUACAAUAAAAAAAAUAAUAUAUAAAAAUAGGUAUAUAUAUAUAUAGAUAAUAAUUGAUGGUAUUUUUAAAAUUAUCUAAAUAAUCAAAAAUUCUGAAAAAGAAAUGAUAUAUUUAUAUGUGUUAAUAACCCGAUUAAUAAUUUAUAUAAAGAUUGUGAGUACUAUUAAUAAUUUUAUUUUAUAAAUAUUUUUAGAUAUGUAUGUAUUACCUAUAUUAUUAUAUAUUAUUUUUGAAUUUAAACAAGGUCUUAAUAAAGAUGAUGCCCAUAUUAUUUUUAUAUAAUACAUUAAUACUGCUGUUUUAAGGAAAAACGCCUUAAAUUUUGAUAUUUAAUGUUUAUAAAAAAGUUUUGAUUUUUUUUUUCCUUUCUCAACCAAUUUAUUUUAAAUAAUAUUAAAUAUAAAACUCAAUAUAAUUUAACGACUAUUGUGCAAUUCACAUUUAAUCAAUUUUUUUUGUGGAUAUUAAUAAUGACAUUAUAUGUUAUUGAAUAAUAAACGUUUAAAUCAUUUUUUGCAUAUUUAACAUUUUUUCAUAUAUAUUUUACAAUUUGCGCAUAUUUUGCAAAAAAGUUUGAAAGUAUCAUACAUUCAUAUACAAUUAAUAGUUUCUUAGUAAUAGCCAUUUUAAUUUUCUAUGAUUACCUUUUAUUACAACUAUGAUUCGCUAUCAUGUAUUAUAGUAGUCUCGUGUUUCACAGCUUUGUCUAGAUAUUAAAACGGCUAUUUCUAAGAAACUAUUGAUUAUAUAUGAAUGUAUAAUACAUUGAAAAAUUAGAAUAAUAUAUUUGACAAAUUGGUUAUUUUGAAAAUUUUAAAAGUUUAAAAAAAAAAAUUGAUUUUUUUCUGUAAUUUAGGGACAAAUAUAAUUUUACUUUACAUUUUUUCCUACCAAAAUAAAAUUGACAGUUAUUAGUAUUUGGGUAAUACUGUAUAUACUCUGUAUACCUAUAUUUCAGUUCAAUCAGAAAAUACCUAAAUUUAUACAAAUCGCAUCUAUCUGAAUUUAUUUAAAUUUAAAAUAAAAGUAAAACAAAUGUCUUUUUUGUUAAUAAUUUCAUUGCAGCUAUAAUACAACUAAUAUUAAAUAUUUUAUACUGUACGUAUAAUAGUUUUAUAAGUUACUGUAUUAUACGUUUCAACUCUGAUAAAAACAUAGUUAAAAAAAUCUUUAAAUUUUAAAUUAAGAAUUCUGUUUAUUUUUCUUGGAUAGUUUUAAUCUACAACAAAAAUGUAUGUAUCAAUUAAUAUCAAAAAUUAAUCUUAAAAGGAAUUUAUUUAUCUAAAUUUGAAUAACAUUAAAUUAUGAUCAUUUGAAUUAUAUUUUCCAAAAUCAUAAAUUAUUACCACUAUAUUAUUAUUUGACUAUAAUUAUCACUCAAUUAACUAAUUUAUAUUAUAUUAUUAUGUUUGUACAGACAUAUGUAAAUCACGAUUGACAUGUCCAUCAACGCUUAAAUCUACAAUAUUAAAGAAAAUUGGUUGGUAAUGUGCAACAAGUAACAACUAACAAAAUUACAGUAGUUGUCUUUAAACAUUUGAAUAAUAUUUACGACAUUAGAUUUGCUAUUUGCUAUAAUGCCUCACAACUAUAAUCCACAAGGCCCUUCAGCUCAGGUUCGACCUGAAAAACGACUAACAAAAGAUGCUAUGGAAAGAUAUUUGCUUGAUCGAAACGACUUGGUUUUAGUCAUUCUUCAUGCUAAAGUUGCCCAAAAAUCUUAUGGCAAUGAAAAACGUUUUUUUUGCCCACCCCCAUGCGUGUAUCUUUUAGGUAAUGGUUGGCGUUCGCGUCAACAACAACUGCUGAGAGAAGGAGUUACCGAAACAAAUUCUCAAAUGAGUGCAUUCAUCGGUAUUGGUAGUGCAGAUCAAGAUUUACAACCGCUCGAUCUUAACAACAGUAAACAAUAUUGUGCAGCCAAAACUUUGUUUAUAUCAGAUUCUGAUAAGCGAAAGCACUUUAUGCUUAUGGUGAGGAUGUUCUAUAACAAUGGUUAUGAUAUUGGAACGUUCCAUAGCAAGAGAAUAAAAGUGAUAUCAAAACCUUCGAAAAAGAAACAGUCAUUGAAAAAUGCUGAUCUUUGUAUUGCCAGCGGUACAAAAGUGGCAUUAUUCAAUAGACUUAGAUCACAAACAGUGAGUACUCGAUAUUUACAUGUUGAAAAUGGAACCUUUCACGCCAGUUCAACACAAUGGGGAGCUUUUAUCAUAUACUUGUUAGAUGAUGAUGAAAGUGAAAGUGACAUGUUUAAUGUUAGGGAUGGUUACAUUCAUUAUGGAAGUACUGUUAAAUUGGUGUGCAGUGUUUCUGGAAUGGCUUUACCUAGAUUAGUAAUUAGAAAAGUUGAUAAACAAACAGCUUUGCUAGAAGCCGAUGAUCCUGUGUCACAAUUGCAUAAAUGUGCAUUUUAUAUGAAAGACACUGAUCACAUGUAUUUGUGUUUAUCACAAGAACGUAUUACUAAUUUUCAAGCCACUCCGUGUCCAAAAGUCCCAAAUAAAGAAAUGAUCAAUGAUGGAGCUUGUUGGACUAUCAUCAGUACAGACAAAGCAGAAUAUCAAUUUUACGAAGGAAUGGGACCAGUAAAUUCACCAAUAACACCUGUACCUGUAGUUCAUGGCCUUAAUACAAAUGGCGGCGGAGAUGUUGCCAUGUUAGAACUAAGUGGUGAAAAUUUUACACCACAUCUACAAGUUUGGUUUGGAAAUGUAGAGUCGGAAACUAUGUUUCGUUGCCAAGAAAGUAUGAUAGCAGUAGUACCGGAUAUUUCUUCAUUCAGAGGAGAUUGGUCAUGGGUGAAACAGCUAACACAAGUUCCUGUAUCAUUGGUGAGAAAUGAUGGAAUCAUUUAUGCCACUGGACUAACAUUUACAUACACUCCUGAACCUGGUCCAAGAAAUCGUGUAACUCCAGCCGAUGAGAUUAUGAGAACAUCUAGUUCAGAAAAUAAGUUUUCAUUGUCGCACAUCAUGAGUUGA